AUGGGUUUUUUCUCGUUUGCGAGCCGUGGUGCGGCGAAGAAGAUUCUGCUAAAUCCCCCCAAGAGUUUCCAUGACUGGAAACCCAAGCUUUUCUUCAUCCGUGAAGAGGUGUUGCCGAUUGCCAUGCCCUUCCGGGAUUGGACUGAGGCGAUACCGAAGGAAGACCUUCCGAUUCCUAAGAAGGCCCAGUGGUAUCAACAGCUGACCCCAACCCCAAAUCGGGUGUUUGGGGAAAACGUUUUGGUAGCGGCUAAGAUGAGUGACCAGUGGUCACCCAACAGAAGGGAGGUUCCGGUGUUGAAGAUCGGCGAUCAAGAGGCGCAACUGUAUCAAGCUGCCUUCUCCACAUUUGGUGGUUCCAUGGGCGUGCGCCCAUUGCGCGAUGAUGAAGAAAGCUGGUAUGACCAGAUUAAGGGCAACUUCAUGUUUCCGGUUGAAGGUGCCUUUGCUUCGCCGCCAACCGCUACUGAAGAGGAGAAGAAAAAGAAACCCCUAAAGAAGAAGAAGACCAAGGUCGAUCCGGAAGUGACCAGCAAGGGUACUGGCCCGAGUCGCGCAACUACUGCUGCUGUCAAAGGUACUCUUCGCCUUCGUCAAAGUGACUUAGAUGAUUAUGUGAUAAUCAGAGAUUCAUUUGAAGGCUUGUCGCGUACAGCUAAGGCAAAAACUGGUGCAGGUGGCUCGAAAAGCUCUGGGAGCGCGGGUUCUCGUAACCCUGAUGCUGGCGCGACCCCUGAAGAUGAUGAGGCGGAAGAAGAAGAUGCGGCUGCCCAACUGAUUGGCAGGAAGAGAGGUAGGAGCGAAACCACGGCUGGUGUGACUUCCGCGCCUACUGCUGUUGUGCUUCCCGUGGUUGGGAAAACGAGCAACUUGCGCUCGUUGUAUAAAUUUUCUCCGGAGAUCAAGAAGAAGACCCCUGAGAAGGGUGUCACGUUCAGUGAGGCUGGGUCGAAGAGGCCGAAGAUUACCAUCAAGUCCACUGGCACUGCUGCUCAGGAUGCCGCGAAGGCUGCUGAGGCGCAGCGAAAGGCGGAGGAGGAUCAGAAGAGAGAAGAAGAAAAGAAGAAGAAAAUUGCAGAGGAGAAGAGGAGGAAGGAUGAAGAAGAGAGAAAAAGGAAAGAGGAGGAGGAGAGAAAAAGGAAGGCGGAGGAGGAGAGGGUGGCCGAAGCGGCGAAGAAGAGGGCCUUGGAGAAGGAGUUAGAAAAGAAGGCUAUGGAUCAGCCUGUUAAUGUUCAAGGGCCUGAGGUCACAAAACCUACCCACUCCGCGCAUGUCGUUACUUCUAAGGGGUCAGGUCGUUUCACCUCUAGCGGCGCGAGCUCUGGUGGAGCUGGGGGUUAUAAUCCACAUGUGAUUGGGGCGAAGGACACCGUUGGUGAUAUCUAUUAUAAAACUUAUAAUGAAGAAGAACGCGGUGAUGCUCCUCAUCAAGCCCCCUGGAGCUUAAAACAGAAAGAUACCUUCCAUGAGUUCGGCCCUUGCCGCGAGUGGUUCUUGAACUCGUUUACUCCUGCAGAGGUCAAUCGGCAAAGGGCGAAGUCCCAUGAAUUGUUAUAUCGCACCUUUAUACUUGGAGAGGCCAACGCUCGUGCUGCCAAUCACCAGAUAGUUCGCGAAUGGCGAACAAUGGUUAGAGAGCGCGCCGACUGGGAGGGUUAUCGUGAGCGCACGUUAAAACGCAUUGCUGAGUUUGAAAAGUCCAAGGCUGCUUUUGGUGAGGAGAGAGCCAAAUUUGAAGCUGAUAAGAAGGCCGAAGAAUGGGGCCGCGAGGGCCUGCAAAAGAAACUUCACAAUGUUGAGGAGCAACUGGCCAAGGAGAAGGCCGAGUUCAAACGUAUCUGCGCCCAGGACAACGAGCGCGCCUACGCGGCUCGACAGAAGAUUGUUGAUCUUGAGGCUAAAGUUGCUGAUUUGACAUCGAAGGUAGAGGAGGCGCAUGGAGAGAAAGCUGCCAAGCAGCAGAUGGAGGUUGAGUUAGCUGAGGCCAAGGUGCAGCUGUCCAGCAAGGACAGAGAUCUCCAUGCCAAGGACGCUGAGAUUGCGGAGCUCAAACGUCGCUUGAACGAGCAAAUCGACAGAUGUGAGUCGUUGGAGAUCGACCUGGAGGCCGAGGGGGUUAAGGCUGCUACAGCUGAGGAGGCGCGUGCUGUUAGCACUGCCGCGCUUAACGUGGCUCAGACCAACUACUCCGAGGCCCAAGGCAUCGUUGAUACGCUUGUCUCGGAGGCUGAGUGGAUGCGCACUCGUGGAGUAGUGCUGGUUGCCAACUCCAUCUUAAAUGCUGGCGAGCUAGAUCGCGCCGUUGCUGCUCUCACGGAUGCGGCGCGUGCGGUGGGUCAUCGAGGAGGUUAUUUGGAAUGUGCCAGUCAUGUUGAGCAGAUGCUAGGGCAAGAAUUUGAUGUAAGCCAUUGCUCGGUGACUGAACAUGCUGAUGCUGCGCUUUCACAUGCUGAAAACUCGUAUGACAACCUUACCUUGCCUAUCAUGGAUCUGGUUGUGGAAUCUUUGAAGAAAGACGACUGGUGUCAGCGUCUUAAAGCAGUCCUCGAUCCACCAGUUACCGUCGAAUUAUCCGAUGAAGAACCAGCUGGUGAUGACGGUGGAGAUGGUGAUGAUGAUGGCAACGAUGACGAUGGUGAAGAUGACGGAGAUGAUGAUGGUGAUCGACGCGAUGAAUAG